AUGGACCACCCUAAGAGUAACCCUUUAGUUUUGGUUGAUGAUCUUGCAUCUGAAACUCCUGGUCCAUCUGAAAGUGCAACCACAAAUAAAAAGGAAGUCUCAAAUGUUUGGAAUUUUUUCACAAAAGUAGGAAAAGACAAGGAUGGCAUUGAAAAGGCUGCUUGUAAGUAUUGUGGCAAUAACUAUAAAGUUGGAAAAAAUCCUAUUACUAAAAAUAAUUAUGGGACUUCGCAUCUAAGUCGGCAUGUCAACGUGUGUAGAAGUAUUCCAAACAUAGAUAUGGAUAUGAAUCUUUAUCAAGAAGGAAAGUUUGGGACACGAAGAAUCAAUCAAAAGAUUCAUCGUAAGUUACUUGCGAGAGCCAUAAUCAAACAUAGUCUUCCUUAUAAUUUUGUUGAAUAUGAAGGAAUUAGAGAGUGGAUAAAAUACAUUAAUCCUAAUGUUGACAUGAAAUGUAGGAACACUACUGUUUUAGAUGUGGAAAAGGAAUACAUGGAAGAGAUGGAUAAAGUUAAGCAAAGAAUGUCUAGGAUUCCUAAUAGAAUUUGUUUAACUUCUGAUGUUUGGACUGCAGUUACUUCUGAGGGCUAUAUUUGCCUAACUGCACACUUUGUUGAUGAAAACUGGAAAUUGACAAGUAAGAUUCUUAAUUUUUGUCGAAUGAAACCACCACACACUGGUGUUGAACUAGAAAGUGUUGUGUUUGAUUGCCUAAAGCAAUGGGGUAUUGAAAAGAAAAUUUUCUCAAUUACCUUGGACAAUGCUUAUGCAAAUAAUAUCUUGCAAGACAUUUUGAAAAGCCAUCUUUGUUUUCAUAGAAAUUUAUUAUGUAACGGUGAGUUUUUCCAUGUACGAUGUUGUGCUCACACCCUUAAUUUGAUAGUUCAAGAUGGUUUAAAGGUGGUUGACAAAGCACUUCAUAGUAUUAGAGAGAGUGUUAAGUAUGUUAAAUCAUCAGAUGGAAGAACUCUCAAAUUCAAAGAAUGUGUUAGUGAUGCUGGCAUAAAUAUAAGCAUUGGUUUGAGAUUAGAUGUAACUACAAGAUGGAAUUCGACUUAUUUGAUGCUUGAAAGUGCAAUCAAAUACAAGAAAGCUUUUGAAAUUCUCAAAGUGGUUGAUAGGAAUUAUAAAAAUUGUCCAUCUUCUGAGGAAUGGAAUAGGGGAGAGAAAAUGUGUCAAUUCUUAGAACCAUUUUAUGAGAUCGCAAACAUGAUGUCUGGUUCAUCUUAUCCCACUUCAAACUUGUAUUUUAUGCAAAUUUGGAAAAUUCAGCUUAUCAUUGAAAAGAAUUUGUUGAAUGAAGAUGUCACCUUAAGGGAAAUGACUUUGAAUAUGAAAGACAAGUUUCAAAAGUAUUGGAAGGAGUAUAGUAUUGGGUUAGCUUUUGGAGCUAUUCUUGACCCACGACUAAAGGUUGAUUUUAUAACGUAUUGUUAUAAAAAAUUGGAUCCUUUGACCUGUGGAGAGAAAACAAAGAAAGUGUUAGAGAAGUUCAAGAGGUUGUUUAAAGAAUAUGUAAAAAACUUGUCUAUUCCUGGUGUUUCUCUCUCCCAAUCACCUACUGAAUCCAUCUCAAUGUCUCAAUCCAAUACUGAAGGGAGAAAGUUGAAGAGAUCGAGGAUUAUUUCUGAUUUUAAAAUGUAUCAGAAUGAAUCAAAAUCUAUCGUUGGCAAGAACGAGAUAGAUGCUUAUUUAGGUGAACCAACAAUAGAUGAUGAUGAAGACAAUGAAGAUUUUGAUGUGCUCAAAUAUUGGAAGACUAGUGAAAAAAAAAUUCCCAUAUUGUCUAUAAUGGCUCGAGACGUGCUUAGUAUUCCCAUUACUACAGUUGCAUCAGAGUCAGCUUUUAGUAAAGGUGGGCGUGUACUCUCUAAAUAUAGAAGCUCCAUUCUUCCUGAUCAUGUGCAAAUGUUGAUUUGUACUCAAAAUUGGUUACAUGGAUUUUCUGAAAAUCCUAGUGAUGAAGUUGUUGAAUCAUUGAUGAGUCUAAACUUCUUGAAGAUCUUGAAAGUGACCAACAAUGACACUUCUUCAGAUUCUAGUGUAGACCCGGCUGCAACUGGAUUACAGGUGGCCUCAGAUGGGAAACCAAAAAUUCUCGAUAUUCUUGAUUGCACUGGUAGCAGAGACGUUGAUACCUCAAAGGUGGUAAAGGCUGAUGCUGAUGGUUGUAUUUUGGGGGCUUCUGGCCCAUGGGUUGGCCCUAUACCACAGGGUUUUUGUGGGCUUUUUGGCCCUGUGGGCUUUUCCCACAAGAGGCUUUUUGGCCAUGUGGGCUUUUCUAACCCCAGCCCAUAUGGGCCAGGGCCAAAUCAUGAAAACUGGGCCAAUUUGACAGGGAUACCUGGACCUGCAAAAACUCAUAACAACAGAGUGCCCACUGUUACCAUUGUCAAUGUCCUCAGCUUUAGUUUUGUUUCCAGGAUCCUGCUCUUCCUUCUCACUGUUCCACUGCUCAAUUCUGGUACAUCUCUCCUCACUGCCAUCUCUAACUGGACUACGGUGCCUCCUCCAACCAGGACUUCAACUUCUUCCUCUCCUAUGUGCAGGACUCGUGCUCUUGUGUCUCCUGCUGCGACUCUCAUGGUGGUCCCUGUCAUCGUGCUUUCUGCUAUGACUACGAUGGGACCGCUCCUCAUGGCUCUGAUUCCUGUAAGGACUCCUGCUUCUGUUGUGCCUCCUAUGGUGCUUUCCAAAUAA